UCCCCUUACCACCCGAACCAAGCCUUGUAAGGGUUAUUAUUGUUUUUCUUGUAACUUGUUCUCUCCACUUUGCCCAAGUCGCCUUCAGUUUUCCCAAGAUUCUCCUCUCCAUUUCUGACUCCUCGCCCUCUCCUAUUUUCUCCCUUUUGCUACAACCAGAUCUCAUCAACACCGACAGACAGAAACCUCAAUAGUGAACCAUCCAUGACGCUUGGCUCAGGAGGAUCCAGUGUCGUGGGUUAGCCCUUGAUCGAUUAUUUUUACAACCCACCCCUAUGAUUUAUGCUUUUUUGUUGAUAUCUUUCCCUCGGAACUUCAGAUUGCUUGAGGAACUUGAACGUGGAGAAAAAGGUAUUGGGGAUGGCACAGUAAGCUAUGGAAUGGAUGACGGAGAUGACAUUUACAUGCGCUCUUGGACUGGCACUGUAAUCGGUCCUCACAAUACUGUACAUGAAGGUCGAAUUUAUCAGUUAAAGCUGUUCUGUGAUAAAGAUUACCCGGAGAAGCCACCAAGUGUUCGCUUUCAUUCUCGGAUCAAUAUGACUUGUGUUAACCAUGAAACUGGAGUGGUGGAACCAAAAAAGUUUGGACUUCUCUCAAAUUGGCAGCGAGAUUACACUAUGGAGGACAUCCUUACACAGCUGAAGAAGGAGAUGACAGCACCACACAACCGGAAGCUGGUCCAGCCUCCUGAGGGUACCUACUUCUAGCUUCCAAGGUCAUAUAGAUAAUGGAGCAUGUUGCUUUUGCAAUAUUACAUAUAUAGUUUGUAAUCCGGUGUUGGUCUCUGGGGAAUGCCCUAAAAAAGCUUCCCCGGUUACCUCCCCAUGGCUUCAUUGACUUGUUGUCUGUCUUCUUUCGUGAAACUGUGUUGAAGGGAUGCUGUUUGAUUAAUGGGAUUUAUCUGCGUGUCAAAUAUUUAUAAACA